AUGACCAUGACCGCUGCCGCUGGCUGGCGCGGGGGCGCUGCGGCGCGCAUGCUGCACUCGAGCGGUGCGAGGGCGGCCCUGGCCGCAUCGGCUGAGCAGCGCGUAGAGACCAAGCGUGCCGAGGCACUGGUGGGGGGCGGUCUCCCACGCAUUGCUGCGCAGCACAAGAAGGGCAAGCUCACAGCGCGCGAGCGUCUCGAGCUCCUGCUCGACCCUUCAUCCUUCCGCGAGGAGUCCAUGUUCGUUGAGCACCGCUCCACCGACCCGGCCAUCGUCAACCAGAAGACUAUCAACGGACGCCUGGUGUACGUGUUCAGCCAGGACUUCACCGUCUUCGGCGGUUCUCUCUCCGAGACUCACGCCGAGAAGAUCUGCAAGGCACGCUUUCCCUCUCGUGUGAUGGACCAGGCCAUGAAGGUGGGCGCACCGGUGAUCGGUCUCAACGACUCGGGCGGCGCCCGUAUCCAGGAGGGCGUGGCCUCGCUCGGCGGCUACGCCGAAGUGUUCCAGCGCAACGUGCUCGCUUCGGGCGUCGUCCCUCAGAUCUCCCUCAUCAUGGGUCCCUGCGCUGGCGGUGCUGUGUACUCGCCCGCCAUCACCGAUUUCACGUUCAUGGUCAAGGACACCUCCUACAUGUUCGUCACCGGCCCCGAGGUCGUCAAGACCGUCACCCACGAGGACAUCACACACGAGGGCCUCGGUGGUGCCCGCACCCACACCAGCAAGUCUGGCGUGGCCCACGGCUCGUUCACCAACGACGUGGAGGCCCUGUCUAUGGAGCGCUGCGAGGAGUCGCUCGACGUGUUGGUGCCGCCCGAUCCCAACCACCCCUACGACAUGCACGAGGUGAUCGACAAGAUCGUGGACGACGCCAACUUCUUCGAGAUCAUGCCCGACUACGCCCGCAACCUCAUCGUCGGCUUCGCCAGAUUCGAGGGCCGCACGGUCGGCGUGGUGGGUAACAACCCGGUGGAGCUGGCCGGUUGCCUGGACAUCAACGCCUCGACCAAGGGCGCGCGCUUCGUGCGAUUCUGCGACGCCUUCAACAUCCCCAUCGUCACCCUCGUCGACGUGCCCGGCUUCCUCCCCGGCACUGCCCAGGAGUACGGUGGUAUCAUUCGCCAUGGCGCGAAGCUGCUGUACGCCUACGCCGAGGCGACGGUGCCCAAGAUCACGUUCAUCACGCGGAAGGCCUACGGUGGCGCCUACGACGUGAUGAGCAGCAAGCACCUGCGCGGCGACGCCAACUACGCGUGGCCCCGCGCGGAGAUCGCCGUCAUGGGCUCCAAGGGCGCAGUCGAGGUCCUGUACCGCGGCAAGGCUGGCGUCGACAUGGUCAAGCUCGAGGCCGAGUACCGGGACAAGUUCGCCAACCCGCUGGCCGCCGCGUCGCGCGGGUUCAUCGACGACGUGGUGUCGCCGCGCCUCACGCGCCGCAUCAUCUGCGAGGACCUCGAGGUGCUGCGCAACAAGCAGCUCGACAACCCCUGGAAGAAGCACGGCAACAUCCCUCUCUAA